AUCGGAAACAAUACUUCGCUUUCACUGAAACAGGCUAGAUUCCAUGACUUUACUAUACGCAUCAAUGCUGUGUAACCUUCACUAUUUUGUGCUCGAUACAAUGUCCGAUGACCUCCUGGCUGUAUUAUGCGCCUCCUGUGUGAUGGGGAGUUCACUUCAGCAAUGGUUUGAUACCCAUGCAUUAGGUGCUAAUUGCCGAUGUUGUAGUGGCCCACGCGGGUGUUGUAAUAGUUGUUUUGAGUCGUCCUCGAACGAGGACAAUUUUGAUGAACAACUCAAGAAAGACACGGAACGCAGAGAAGCUGCUGCUGAACGACUUUUUGAUGCUCAACCUGCCCCCACUCAAGACAUGAACUGUGAAAGCUCCACAGACAAGCCAGUCCCGUCGAAAUAAGUUGAACCUCAGGCCUCGAAUCUGUUUCAUUGUACCACGAGAGCUCGUAGGCAUCAAUAGGAUAGGCUUAGGAAGAGAUAACCAUAAACUCGCGAACUAACUUGGAAUUCGGGAAAUUCCCUUCAUCCUCGAUAUGAUAAUGACUUGUGUUUCACCUAGGGGUCAUUUAGCUCAGUAGCUCAGCCGCUUAGUGGGGUAAAUCAAAGCUAUGUACUCACAGAAAGUCUAGCUGAUGGACAGUCUGGCCCAGCGCAAGUCUGUCAGACUCCGGGGGUAUUUUCAA